GUAAUUGAAUCCGAUGCUUUCUACGAUAUGGUGGGAGUUGGCCUUUUGUGCUUGCAUAGUCUCGAUCUUCACGCCUUACGACCACACACUUUCAGAGGUCUCAGGAACGUCACCCAGAUCUCCAUAAAGGAAUCUGAUUUGGGCGUGAUGCGUGAGGAGGCGUUUAGUGGACUCCAGAACGUAGGUGAGCUUCGGAUAAUAAGUAACAAGGUCGACGUCCUGGAGUCGCUGGAAAUUCUCCAGGAGUCCAACGUCGACGGCGUUAUCGUCACAGGGAACCACUUCCUUCAGGUCACACGUCAUGAACCCUUUCGCAUCCAGGCCAAUCUGCGCUCGGUCGUCACGGAAAACUUCGUGCCGUGUUCGUGCCAGCUCCGUUGGGUGCUCGACUCCCCGACGGCCCGUCAGGCACCGCUCUUCUCCCGACACAACUUCUGCGUGUCCCCUUACACCCUGCACGGGAAGGCCAUCUCCACGGUGGAUCUGGAGCAGCUGAGCCCGUGCGCCGCCCCUCAGGUGUACCCGGGGCCCAAGAGCACCGAAGUCGCAUCAGGAUCGCCGUGUUUCUCCGCGUCGCGACAGAUCUUCGUCGCCACAUUCGCCAUGCUGGUGCUGGGCGUGUUCGAAUGUGGCUGGUGACCCGACCUUCGACUUCGUUUCUGUCCGUGUGUUCUUAAACCAAUGUUAGUCUGUACAGAGACGACUUCCUGGUAGUGUCGCUGAAGAGAUUGGUCAGAGAUUCGAACUUUAAAAAAAAAAUGUUGUAACUAUUUCACACUUUUACUAAAAAAAAAAAAAAAAAAAGAAAGAAUUUUAAAAAUGCGCAAAUUAAAAUCUUGAACCACGUAGCUGUACUUUUCUCUUUAAUAGGUUUUCUUUGGUGUCUUGGAGGGAUAUAGAUAUAGGUAUCACAGAAAUCUCCCGCAUAAUCAUUUUGCUCAUAGAUUACGGAAUAAAAGGACGUCUUCAUCUCUAACAGACUAUCCUUAAUGGUGAUAAUCCCGUUGUACUGCCAGCUGUGUAAGUGUUAGAUACUUCACCCCAUCUCCAUCCAUCAUUCCCAUUAUGAAAUUAAAGAGUACAUUAUCGAGAUCCUUCUGCUUCGUAAAUAAUGAUAAAAAAAAACGUAGGUUUCAGAAAAAAAAUCAAAGACGGACGAAAUAUCACUUUUUUUUAAUAGAUGUGAAUGAGAAGAAAGGGAAAUCAGUCCUCUUUAUUGUCACCAUACGAUAAUCCCGACUGAGUGCCAUAGGUUCCGUUUCUAGGACUCGCAGAUUAGGAAUGCAAUAAAAAAGAAAAUCGAAUUUCUAAUACGAAUUCUCAUUCGUAUUUCUAUCUAAAGGUGUCUAUAUAUAAAAAAAAGAGGCUAACAGUGUGUAGUUACCUUUUUUUUCUGUACUGAAGCCUCCUCACCACCGCUGGACAACACGUACGUCAGAUAUUGGCAGUGGAAUAUCUUUUUAAACCAGUGGCAACGGCUCAGCAAACUGCCAUUACCCAGAGCUACACAAGAAAUAAAAAUCACAGUAAUGUUAUAAGGAUAAGUACAGAAAAAAAUGUCUUAUUUACAAGUAUGAUCAACUAUACAGAAUAGAAGUCAUAGUAUGAGUAUUUUAAACCAAUAUCUUCUAUAAUCUACGCACAGAAGUUCUAAUUGCCAACACCUGAGGUAUUCCGACCCUAUUGAUUAAUUAGUUAAUUACCUACUCGAGGAUAUUGAAACACAAAGCUCAUUAAGGACAAAAUGCAUUCUCUCAUAAAGAUGCUAUUAACAUGAACGCUUUACAUCGAAUAACUGAUGCGAUUAUGGAGCCACCUGAAAAUGGAAUAUAUAUAUAUUUUUUUCUUCUAUUUGUUUAUAUUCAAAUGAUCCGUAUGACUGUUCUGUUUUGUUCUGUUUUUUUUGUAUUGUAUUGACCUUUAGUGAGUGUCUUAAGCAUGUUCUUUUUACUGUAAGAUGUUAAAUAUAUAUAUAAAGAUGUU